AUGGCCGAGGCCUUCCGCGGGCUGUCGUCGUCGUCGGAGAGCGAGGACGAGGACGGCGGGUUCCUGCGUACCUACGCCGACGAGCGCGCGUCGAAGCGGCGGCGCAUGGCCGCGGCCGUCGAGGCGGCGCAGGAAAGCGGCGGCGGCGAGUACGACGCCGCGGCGGCCGCGGCGGCGGACGCGGCCUUCGAGGGCGUCGAGCUGCCGAGCGACGUCGAGGCGGCGCUCGCCGUGCUGCGGCCGCGCCUGCCGCCGCGGCUCGUGCUCGCGCACCACCUGCCCGGCGUCGUCGAGCGCCGCGGCGACUGCGAGCGCGAGCUGCGGGACCUCGCGGCGCGGCGCAAGGUCAAGUACCUCCAGCUCCCGACGGCGGGCUCCGACGUCGCCGUCGUCGACGCCGGCGAGUACGCCGCGGCGCUCGCGGGGCGGCCGGCGUUCCUCGAGUUCGCGAUGGCGCGCGCGGGUCGGCUCUACGCGACGGAGGCCGAGCUCCGCGAGUCGGGAAUCCUCGCCCCCGGCGAGGCCGCGGCGCCCCCCGCCGCGGGCCGGCGACGGGAGGACGCGGAGCGCGCGGCGCUCGACGAGCUCCGCGCCGCGGGUCUGCUCCGGCCGCGGCGCGACGCGCCGGGCGUCGCGGCGUGGUGGUUCGCGAUGCCCCGCUGCGGCGCCUUCGCCGCGGCGACGCUCGCGGGCCGCCGCAAGCUCCAGCUCGCGCUCAAGCGCUCCAAGUACAAGGAGCUCAACGUCGACAAGCCCGUCGCGGCCCUCAAAAAGGCGUGCCCCCUCGGCCAGGAGUUCCACGUCCGGGACCUCGUCGGCCGCGGCGACGCGGAGCUCGUCCGCCGCCCCGCGGGGCGCUUCCUGCGGUCCCGGCGGGAUUUCGACGACUAG